CGAAGAAUCCCUCUCAUCAACACCAACAAUACAACACGAGAUGAAUGGCACCGGACCAAAAAAGAGAGGUCUUGAAGUAAAUUGAGAAAGAGAUAAACCCUAGAGAAAGGGGAGGGUCGUACCUGAGGGAUCCGACGUGCCACCACCGCUGAGACGGAGCAAAGAUCGGAGUUGCGUCAAGGGCUUCGGUCGGAGCAAGAGAGGAUAAGGGAGGUUCCUUUAGGGUUUCGAGGGUUGAAGAGAGAAAGAGAGACAAGUGUAAUUUGAGGUACAAGACGAGGGUAUACCGUGAAAUCUUUGGCCGUCUCCGAACCUUAAAAUCCUCCGGCGGUAAACUUACCAUACAUCGCGGUCGCGACUCAAUAUAUCGCACACGACUAGAGUAUGAGAGGGGCACUCGCCGUCCGCCCGUCUGUCGCUCUUCUCGCCGCCGACCUCUUCCCCUCCUCUCGCCGCGGCUUCAUCCUCCCCCACCGCCGAAACCCUUGCGUCGCUCCCCAGCCGCCUCGCCAUCGGCUGUCCACCGUCUCCGCCAUGGCCUCCGCAUUCAAGCCCGAGGAGUCAAGGGUUCCGCCGGCGCUCCAACUACCUACUCCGCGCGUCUCCAAGUUCAAGAUCGCUCUCUGCCAGUUGUCAGUGACUCCGGACAAGGAGAGGAACAUCGCCCAUGCUCGCAAAGCGAUUGAGGAGGCCGCCCGGAAGGGGGCGCAGCUUGUUCUUUUGCCGGAAAUAUGGAAUAGUCCAUAUUCAAAUGAUAGCUUCCCAAUCUAUGCUGAGGAUAUUGAAGCCGGAGGUGAUGCAGCUCCAUCAUUUUCAAUGCUGUCUGAAGCUGCUCGCAGUCUGCAGAUCACUAUAGUUGGUGGAUCGAUUCCAGAACGUUCUGGUGAUUGCCUAUACAAUACAUGCUGUGUAUUUGGCACAGAUGGAAUUCUCAAGGGUAAACAUAGAAAGAUACAUCUUUUUGACAUUGAUAUUCCGGGGAAGAUUACAUUUAAGGAAUCAAAGACGCUUACAGCUGGGGAGCACCCUACUAUCGUGGACACAGAUGUAGGACGCAUUGGUAUUGGUAUUUGUUAUGACAUUCGCUUCCAGGAGCUAGCCAUAUUAUAUGCAGCAAGAGGUGCUCAUUUGCUAUGCUAUCCUGGGGCAUUUAACAUGACUACUGGCCCCUUGCAUUGGGAGUUGCUGCAAAGGGCAAGGGCUGCUGAUAAUCAGUUAUUUGUGGCAACUUGUUCGCCCGCUAGAGACUCUGGUGCUGGUUACAUUGCUUGGGGACAUUCCACACUUGUUGGACCUUUUGGAGAAGUGAUUGCGACCACAGAGCAUGAGGAGGCAAUCAUUGUUGAAGAGAUUGAUUAUUCAUUGAUUGAACUCAGAAGGUCAAACCUGCCUUUGGCAAACCAACGGCAUGGCGAUCUGUACCAGCUUGUCGAUGUUCAGAGGCUGAACUCAAAGUAGAUGAUGCUAAGGGUUGCUGGUGCUUUCUGAAAUAACGCAACAGAUUCACAUGCAUGUUGAAAGACUUCUUUAGCAAAUGACUUCUUUAGCAAUCAGUCUCAUUCAGAAUUCUUCCCGUGUUGUGGUGUUUGCUUCUCUGGAUGAGAAGUGAAACAAGGAACUGACUACUUAUCCUUCCAAAUAGUGUGAUAGAAAUUCUGACAAAAGCUCCGAUGGAUCUUUGAUCAUAGAAUGAGUUAUUGGAUUGCUAUCAUGCUGGCUAUAAUGGUUCCGAUAAGGAUAAACGUUUUGCUUUGACCAUAGGGGUUGUAACUGAGGGUUUGAACAGAUAGCAACAAAGAUGUGACUGUCCAAUCCAAAUUGACUUUGAUGUGUGUUAGUGCACGCGGAGUGGCCCAUUCAGAUACAUCAGUAUCUAUUAGAUACAUGUUGAUUG